GAAAACUGUCAGUUGUCACGUGUUUCAUGUUUUUGUUUUGAAUUUUGAUAGGAAUACGUUUUCGAAAACUUGUAUUGUAAAAUUGUGAUAGAAAAAUGCCCGCCACAGUACACAACGAUGUAUUAAUAUACAAAGGCAGUAAUUUGUUUCGUCAAAGAUUAUUGCUCUCCACUCUAAGCGGCCGCUCUAUCAAAAUUGUAGAAAUCCGAAGUUCGCAUGACGAUCCCGGUUUGAAGGAGUAUGAAGUGAAUUUGAUACGUUUGCUGGAUAAAAUUACUAACGGCUCGAGGGUGGAGCUCAGUGAGACUGGUACCUCUAUGUAUUAUCAGCCGGGAAUUUUGAUCGGCGGUCAAGUCUCCCACAGUUGUUCUACACAGAGAGGAAUAGGUUAUUAUUUAGAAGUAUUACUAGCACUGGGGCCGUUCUGCAAGGAGCCCCUCAACGCAGUGCUGCAAGGAGUCACACAUCACAACCUGGAUGUCUCUGUGGAUAAGGUGAAGGCGGCAGCUUUACCCAUACUGCUGAAGUUCAUUCUAGUUGAUGAUGGACUGGAACUCAAAGUUGUUAGGAGAGGUGCCCCUCCACUUGGUGGUGGUGAAAUAGUAUUCAAAUGUCCUGUUCGGCGUCACCUGCGACCUCUGCAGUGGACUAAAUGGGGUCUGGUGAAGAGGAUCAGAGGGGUUGUGUAUGCUCUGCGGGUGUCCCCUACCAUGGCCAACAGAGUUGUUGAGGCUGCUAAAGGGGUAAUGCUGAAGUUCUUGCCGGAUGUGUACAUAAACACAGACCAGUGCCGCGGACCCAACGCCGGCAAGAGUCCCGGGUUCGGCGUCAGCUUGGUCGCCGAGACCAAUGAGAACACUUUCUACUGUGCUGAAGCUAAAUCAGCCGAAUCAGGCGCGGGCGAGACGACUCUACCAGAAGAGUUGGGCCGAGCGUGUGCUCUGACACUGCUGGACGAGAUACACCGCGCCGGCGCCGUCGACUCGGCCUUCCAGUGGCUCGUGGCGCUGUGGAUGGCUUUGGGACAGAAGGACGUCAGCGAGUGUGUGGUGGGUCCUCUAUCAGAAUACACAAUAAAAUUCCUCCAACAUCUCAAAGAGUUUUUCGGAGUAAUGUUCAAGUUGGAGGCGCUGACAGAUGACGAUGAAGACAGUUCAGAAGACGAGGACAAAGUGACCACGGCGCAGAAAAUAAAGAUGACUUGUGUCGGCAUAGGCUAUGUUAAUAUUAGUAAGAGGACGUUGUAAAUAAAAAGUAAAUUUAUUAUC